AUGCAUAUAGAACAAGAGCCUUUUCUCAAAGACGCGAGAGAGGCAACCAGACGGUCCACUUGUACAUAUUCUUCUCCAGAGUCUGGGUGCCGCGUCGAUAACCUGGGUAGGGAACCUAGACUCGUGCCAGACGCAGCCGGCCACUACUUCGGCGUCCAUUUCAACUCGCCCAACGAUGUGGUUUGGGCGCACAGGCCUAAUGCCGACGCAUUAUUCUUCACGGACAAUAGCUUUGGCAACGUUCUGCACAAUGUGACGGGACCAACUCAGUUGCCUAGCACGGUGUGGCGGUUUGAUCCGCAGGCACAGUCUUUGCAAGCGGUAAUUUCUCGUGCAGAGAUUCCCGACCCAAACGACCUUGCGACAAAUCCAAAUUCCACGAAGCUGUACGUCACCGACACUCCGAUCUCUGAGUUGCAAGGUCGAGGACUAGGCAACGCCACCGGGUCUCCCGCAGUCUAUGCCUAUGACCUCGAUGAGACGCUCACUCCUGUAAACAAAAGACUCUUCGCCCUCGCGAGGGAGGGUGUUCCUGAUGGUAUCAAAGUCGAUAGGUAUGGACGAGUCUGGACGGCCGAAGGGGAAGGCGUCGUUGUGCGCAACCCUCAGGGCAAGGUCUUGGGCCUCUUCAAUGUCCAUAAGCGGGUGGAGGAUGACCCCCUUCACAUUGCCAACUUUGGGUUUGCUGAUGAUCGAUUGAUCGUCCUCGCAGCGACGCAGAUCUGGUCAAUUCGGCUGGGACAGACCCUGGGUUGGACAGUAAGCGCAUAG